UCACUCUCACCUGCGGUCCCCUCUCUGACCGCAGGCCUGUGCCUACGCUCCGCGCCUUCGACUAGGCUUGGGCACCGAGUUACCACUGAAGCUCCGAGUCAUCCCGCUCUGGCUCUGAACUGGCGCCCCUUUAGGAAGCACAGUGAGAAUGCGGGACUUGGAACCCGCUCCCAGGCCGGAAGGCGGAGUCGCGCGGCAGGGUCUGGGGGCGGGUCUGGCAGGCGCGGCGUGAUGACGCCAUGGGCGCCCGGCGCGUGGUGGCUGCUCCCGCGGCUGCGGUUGUGGUAGUUGCGAAAGCGGCAGCGGCUCCUACGGCCACCGCAUUCCCGGGGAGCGGACCGCCGAGAUGGCUGCAGCUCGAAGUCGGGCGGACUCUCAUGCCUCCCUCCAGUUCCUGGCGCUGAGGCUUCUGCCUUUCCCGCCCAACUCCUCGCCCCCGGGGCCAGUGCGCAGGGCAGAGAGGACCCAGGAGGGGCGGAGCUGUAGCCUCUAUAUUGCCCAGCCUGGUCUUGAACUCCUGGACUCAAGUGAUCAUCCUGCCUCAGCCUCCUGAGUAGCUGGGACUAUAGAAGCAACACACACGUGAUGGGGAAAACAUAUUGAAGAGGGCAAGAAAGGGAGACUCAAAGAUAAGCAUCUACUCAUCUUCCUAUUCACAUGGCAACUUGAUGAAUUUGACUUCAGGGGGAUCAUUUCAGAUCGUCAGUCUUAUCAUCUUUGAGCAGACUUGGAUGUCUAACGAAUAAAUGAUAAAGCCCUUAGUGGACGGCAAAAAAAGAGAGAGAGAGAGAGAGAGAGAGAGAGAGAGAGAGAGAGAGAGACAUGAGUGUCACGAGAGCGCUGCAUCAAGGAGAUAAGACACCAUCUGGACCAGAACUGGAAACAAGUCAAGAAAAAGGGUAUAUAAACUCCCCUCUCAGACAGUUCCUGGGCUAAGCCCAGAUCUCCUGACGAAUCCAGAAUCCACGUCAUCCAGGUUCGCGAGCCCCAUCACUAUCCAUCCGCCCAGACUGCCGAAACUCCGCUACUCUGGCGGCUUCACGAUCAGCGGAGACCUGCCGGUCCUCGAUUCCCAGACCAUCGGCCCGAGAGAGUUCCGAGACCAGCCAGCAUCUGCUCCCCAGCUAAGAUAACGUCGCAUUCGAGGUCGCCAGAACCGACAAGGCAGAGAGGACUUUGGACUAUUUGAUUGAGGGGGGACAUUACAGAGGACAACUGACUUCUAUUUUUGAGAUUGUGAUAAUCCACAUGUGAACUGUUUCCACACCAACAACUGCUGCAUCACUCAUGACCCAGUCCUAGGUCAAAGUCAGCUGCCUCAAUCCAGGGACUGGUAUUUGAAACAGGAAGGGAGGAGGAGAACAUCUAAAUAUGGACUUAUGUUGGAGGAGGAUCUGGAUGCAAUCUAGGCCUAGCACAGCUUGCUGGUUCUGUUUCUCUGGAGAACACUGUGCUACACAUAAUGUCCUCAUCUUCAAGGUUCAUCAAAGUUUGUAGCAUUGAUCAAGACUCAGCAGAGCGGCGAUUCAAAUUCAGUAACUGGCUUCUCUGGUUCCUCGCCGGCCUUGCCUCGUUGACGUAGCCCUGCUGAGAAGGUCUUAUCAACAGAAGGGGGAGCAGCUUUGGCAUGCCAGUAUUGCGUUGCAGAGGCGUGGAAGAAGGAUGCUGCAGAAAAGGAACCACAAGCAACAGCCUUGAUCCUGGUGAUGCUCGUUUUCAAGAGGAAAGCUGUCAGCCUUCCACAGAGGCAUCAGAAGGAACCAUGACUAAUAGAACUCAGGAAGGCAUCCAUUUCCCUUUUCCCUUCCCACCCUAUCCCAUCCAGAAAGCUUUCAUGACAGAACUGUACCAGGUUUUGGAAGCUGGCAAGAUUGGGAUAUUUGAGAGUCCAACAGGCACAGGAAAGUCCUUAAGUCUCAUUUGUGGGGCCCUCUCCUGGCUCCGUGACUUUGAGCAGAAGAAACGGCAAGAAGAGGCACUUCUCCUGGAACCUGGAGAAGAUCCCUUAGGUAGUGGGAAGGACCGGCCCCCAUUUCCCUCAUCUUCCUGCCAAGACCCCCCUGACCCCCUGAGGCCUGCUGGAGAACCAGACUGGGUCACCCAGUUUGUGCAGAAGAAAGAAGAAAGGGACCUGGUGGAGCGACUGAAGGAGGAGCAGAUCAGGAGGAAGAAGCGGGAAGAGCGCCUGCAGCAGACCCGCCACAAUGCACAGCUCAAGUAUGCAGCCAAGCGCUUGAGACAGGAAGAAGAAGAGACAGAGAGUCUCCUCCGCCUCAGCAAGGAGAUGCUGGCAGCAGGAACAGAGGCAGAGCAACUAGAGCAGCUGGAAUCUGGGGAGGAGGAGCUGGUUCUUGCAGAAUAUGAGAGUGAUGAGGAGAAAAGAACAGCCUGUGGAGUGGAUGAGGACGAGGACGACCUGGAGGAAGAGCAUAUAACUAAGAUUUAUUACUGCAGUCGGACACACUCCCAGCUGGCUCAAUUUGUGCACGAAGUACAGAAGAGUCCCUUUGGCAAGGAAACCCGACUUGUCUCCCUCGGCUCCCGACAGAACCUUUGCGUGAAUGAAGAUGUGAAAAGCCUGGGUUCUGUGCAGCUUAUCAAUGACCGCUGCAUGGAAAUGCAGAGAAGCAAACAGGAGAAGAAAAACAGAACUGAGGAAGACAAGCCAAAGAAGAGGCGGCAGGAGACCCAGGCUGCCUGCCCCUUCUACAACCACGAGCAGAUGCAGUUUCUCCGGGAUGAGAUCCUGGUGGAGGUGAAGGACAUGGAGCAGCUGGUGACCCUUGGGAAGGAGGCUCGGGCCUGCCCUUAUUUUGGGAGCCGGUUUGCUAUCCCUGCAGCCCAGCUAGUGGUGCUGCCCUAUCCAAUGCUACUGCAUGCAGCCACCCGGGAAGCUGCUGGCAUCCGACUGCAGGGCCAGGUGGUCAUCAUUGAUGAGGCACACAACCUGAUUGAUACCAUCACAGGCAUCCACAGCGCAGAGGUCAGCGGUUCCCAGCUCUGCCAGGCCCAUUCCCAGUUGUUCCAGUAUAUGGAAAGAUAUGGGAAGCGUUUGAAGGCCAAGAACCUGAUGUACAUUAAGCAGAUCCUGUAUUUGCUGGAGAAGUUUGUGGCUGUGCUGGGAGGGAACAUUAAGCAAAAUCCCAAUACACAGAGCCUCUCGCAAACAGGGACAGAGCUGAAGACCAUCAAUGACUUCCUCUUUCAGAGCCAGGUGGACAACAUUAACCUGUUCAAGGUGCAACGGUACUGCGAGAAGAGCAUGGUCAGCAGGAAGCUCUUUGGCUUUACAGAACGCUAUGGAGCAGUCUUCCCAUCUUCCCGGGAGCAGCCCAAACUGACUGGGUUUCAGCAUUUCCUAAAGAGCCUACAACCUGGGGUCACCGAGGCUCCUGUGGCCCCUGUGGAGGAGGAUGAGGCCAAGGCCCCGAGAUCCUCUUCCCCACUGAUGAACAUCGAAGGCUUCCUUGCAGCUCUCACUACUGCCAACCACGAUGGCAGGGUCAUCCUGAGCCGCCAAGGCAGCCUCAGUCAGAGUAGCCUCAAAUUCUUACUCCUGAAUCCAGCUGUGCACUUUGCCCAGGUGGUGAAGGAAUGCCGGGCAGUGGUCAUUGCAGGUGGCACCAUGCAGCCGGUGUCUGACUUUCGUGAGCAGCUGCUGGCAUGUGCUGGGGUGGAAGCUGAGCGAGUGGUGGAGUUUUCCUGUGGCCACGUGAUCCCUCCAGACAACAUCUUGCCCCUCAUCAUCUGCAGCGGACCCUCCAACCAGCAGUUGGAAUUCACAUACCAGAAAAGAGAGCUGCCUCAGAUGAUGGAGGAGACAGGCCGCAUUCUCUGUAACCUGUGUAAUGUGGUCCCUGGAGGGGUGAUCUGUUUUUUCCCCUCCUAUGAGUACCAACGCCAGGUCCACGCCCACUGGGACAAGAGUGGUCUGCUGGCCCGCCUGGCUGUUAGGAAAAAGAUAUUCCAGGAACCCAAAAGAGCAAGCCAGGUAGAGCAGGUGCUGAUGGCAUAUUCUAAGUGCAUCACGAGCUGUGGCCAUGUGGGAGGCACAGUGACAGGUGCCCUGCUUCUCUCUGUGGUCGGAGGAAAGAUGAGUGAAGGGAUCAACUUCUCUGAUGACCUGGGUCGGUGUGUGGUGAUGGUGGGCAUGCCCUACCCCAACAUCAGGUCUCCAGAGCUACAAGAGAAGAUGGCCUACUUGGAUCAGACCCUUGACCCCAGGUCAGGCCCCCCCAGGGAAGGCUUUGGUGGAGAAUCUGUGUAUGAAGGCUGUCAACCAAUCCAUAGGCAGGGCCAUCAGGCACCAGAGGGACUUUGCCAGCAUAGUGCUUCUGGAUCAGCGGUAUGCCCGCCCCUCAACCCUGGCGAAGUUGCCAGCCUGGAUCCGAGACCGGGUGGAGGUCAAAGCCACUUUUGGCCCUGCUUUUGCUGCUAUGCGGAAGUUUCAUCGGGAGAAGUCAGGCCCUUCCUGAUGGCUGCCUGCACCACUGCCUGGCACCAGGCUCUUUCUGUACCCCACCCACUUGGCCUCAGUUUUGCCUAUGGUGAAACCCAGGUGUAGAAUUGUGGAUUCAAACCAGCCAACUGGGGCUAUCAGGAUCCAGGCUUACCUAGAAAAGCCAGAAGCAGGUUUGUUCAUCUUGAAGAAAUAGUAGAUCAUCCUGUCCACACUUGGGCACAGCCCAGGGUCAGCUUCCUGCCCAGCCUUUGCAGGAGGCUGUGUGUGGCAGCCACCACCUUCUCAGAGGUGAGGCCCAUCCUGCCUCUGCCCUUUUACCUUCUCAGCUAGUCCCACUUCCAGCUCCCUUCCUCAGGAGCCUCACUUCCCAGCUGCAGCCCUGUUCCAUCACCUGUUCCUCAGCCUCUGCAAGGGUUUUAUCUCCCUGGCUUGCCUCCAGUUCUGCCUUCAAGUCAGCAGCACCUCCCUCCCUCUCAGCACUUGAGCAAACUCCAAGACACCUUGGAUCAUCAUGCCAAGGGCCAUUAGGCUCUCAGCGUGACUAUUUUUAGAGACACUGUGUCAUUGAGACAUUCCCCCAAUCCCCGUGGAAAAAUCUCCCUUUCUCUGCAACAGCUGCCCCUGCUCCCGACACCCCCAACCUGGAGAAAGGGGCCUCAGAAACGUUGGAUAUCCUGCCCCAUCACCUGGAGACCACAAGGGUAGGGGACAGGUUCAAAGGACAGAGCUAUGUCCUGCACGACUAUGGUACCUUAAUUAAAAGUGUACUGCUGGCUUGUGCUCCA